CGACACAGCCAACAUCGACCCAACCGCACCCGACAGAGUUAUGUUAAUUUACAUCCACCCGACAGCCAAUUUUACAUUUUACAUGAGAAUUCGACCCCAAAAGUGAAAUUCGACCCUAAGUACAUAUCUGUAAGCGCGUAAAACGGUCCUACAUACGUAUAAACGUAAAUGUUAGACAGAAUUCAGAGUGACCAACAGGAAAUAUCAAGAAAUAUCAAAAAAAGAAUCGACAACACUGACGGCCACGUCGGGCCCAUUUUUCCUCCCAGAAUUCUUUUUGAAAAAGCAAAGCCAAAGUUUUACGUUGGCAAAAUCGGCGAUAGCAAAUUGACACGUCUUUUUGCAGGGUUCUAAGUCGUCGAGAGGUGCAGCGGUUGCAGCAGGAAAACACUAAACGGAGACAGCCAGAUCGACGACGUGCAGAAUGAACAUCUUUCGGUUCGCUGGGGACUUGUCCCACGUCUUCGCCAUAAUUAUAUUGCUCCUGAAAAUAUGGAAGACGCGCUCGUGCGCCGGCAUAUCCGGCAAAUCGCAGAUUCUGUUCGCGGUGGUGUACUUGACCCGCUACCUCGAUCUGUUCACCACGUACGUGAGCCUGUACAACUCGGUGAUGAAGGUGCUGUUUCUGGCCACGUCCGGUGCCACGGUCUACCUGAUGUACGUCAAGUUUAAGGCGACCUACGAUCACAACCACGACUCGUUCCGCAUCGAGUUCCUCCUGGUGCCGUGCGCUCUCCUCUCGCUGGUGAUCAAUCACGAGUUUACGGUCAUGGAGGUGCUGUGGACCUUCUCCAUCUAUCUGGAAUCGGUGGCCAUUCUGCCGCAGCUGUUUUUGGUGAGCAAAACCGGAGAGGCCGAAUCCAUCACCAGUCACUACCUCUUCGCCCUCGGAUCCUACCGCGCGCUCUACUUGCUCAACUGGGUGUACCGGUACAUGGUUGAGUCACACUACGACCUCAUCGCGAUCUUUGCCGGCAUCGUCCAGACCAUUCUUUACUGCGAUUUCUUCUACUUGUACAUUACCAAAGUUCUUAAGGGCAAGAAGCUGCAGUUGCCGGCAUAAGUGCAUUAUCCAUAAUCCACAUCAUCAGUCCGAGGCAUUAACAAGCAAGUGAAUAUACAGAUGGAACGGGGCGAGAGCAGCAGCCAGGCGGUUGACAAAGCGUAUUUAGUUCAUAUAUUACAGAUGAUAAAUCAAGCUCGAUAAGAGCUCUCCUUAAGUUGUAAUUAUUUUAUGAGAAAUAAACCGAAACUCGGAAGUCAAAACUGUCUUGCAAUGCACCAACAUACAUUGAAAAUGUUAAAUUCUCCGUUUUCCGGCGCAAUCCCGAACUUAGCAUCCCAGAAAAAAGCAUUUCCGGACGCAAUAACAUUAAAUAUUUGUAGAGUCGACGGGAACUUUAUCCAAAAAACAAUAUACACACAAGAGGUCAUAGAUAUUCUUGAAUAAUUUAGACUUUAAAUAAUAUCUAUUAAAUAGGUUCUAAGCUGACUGUAUCCUAAUAAAAAUCCGAGUAAGCUAAGUCGAUGAUAACACACAUUCUAGACCAGUAUCAACCAGCAAAAACUAAAACUAACUUCAGUUGUCACAAAUUUUAACGAAUUUUAAAACAAUGUAUUACAUUCUUUCCCACACCCUUUUCCUAUAUAAACAGAAUAAAGAAUAAAUUUAAUUGAUAGAUGAUCACUUACCAUAACGAAUAAAAGCAAAACCUUAUGUGGCAUAAACAAUA